AUGCGCUCUCACAAACACAACACGUGUGUGAGUGACAGAGGGAUGCUUCCCACCCCCAUGGUCAACAGCUGCAAGUUGCACCUCACAACUGACAGGUCACUGGUUCCACUGGUUCUGGAUAGGGCCCAGGCGAUGACCGACCCUCAAGAUACUGGGAAAGACCUGAACAUGAAUUGGAACCUAACAAUGGAUCGCUCCAAUCAAGGAGCCAGGUUGCUUGCGUGCAGCCAGAGAAUAUUUGUGAAGACAACACCACCCGUGCCAUCAUUUGUCAGUGACUCUACAGAUAUUGCACAUCAUGAUGUACCACCAGCAGCUGCCGCUCUGUGUGGUCUGGCUACACUCUCACAUGCUGCACAAGAAGCAAGCGACAAAUCGAAGAGACCAACCAACAGCGCUCAAGCCGCACACUACCACAAUGUCUUAAACCUUCCCAAGCCAGCUGGUGGUUCUGGAGGAUAUAACAGUGCUGCUCCCGGGGGCCCCUUCACCCAGCUGCCCUGGGACAGUUUUGAGUCUGACUUUCAACGCAUUGACUUGGACAGGCGCUGUCUAGAGAAAUGUCCUCAGCUGGGCAUCAUGGAAAAACUGCAGCUUCUCAACCUCCAGCACAACCUGAUCACAAGAAUCCAGCAUUUGUCCCAUCUGCAGCAUCUGGUUUUCCUGAACUUGUACGACAAUCACAUCUCUGACAUGACUGGCAUUGAAGCUCUAAGUUCUCUCAGGAUCCUAAUGCUCGGGAAGAACAGAAUCAAGAAGAUCCGCUGCCUGGGAAGCCUGUCCAAACUGAAUAUCCUCGAUUUACAUGAGAAUCAGAUCUGCAGGAUCGAGAACAUUUCUCACCUGAGUGAGCUGCAGGUGUUGAACCUGGCAGGAAACAACAUCUCCAGAGUGGAAAAUCUGCAGAAGCUCGACUGUUUGACUGAACUCAACCUGAGGCACAACUGCAUCUCUUUUGUGACAGAGGUGGACCGCCUGCCCUGCUUGCAGCGCCUCUUUCUCAGCUGCAAUAACAUCACCAGCUUUGAUCAGCUAGCCUGCGUCGGAGACUUGCGCUCCCUUUCUGAGCUCACCCUGGAUGGGAAUCCUGUAGCCCUGAAGACAUGGUACAAGCAGGCCGUCCUGCGCUGUGUGCUUCAUCUGAGACAGCUGGACAUGAAGCGUAUCACAGACGAGGAUCGGCGAAUGGCUAGUGUGCAUGCUCGGAAAGAGGAGGAGAAGAAGAGGGAGAAUCACAAGCAGACGAUUCAUAAGGAGAAGCGGCGUCUGGCGAUCCGUAAUGCAGCACAGCAGUGGGAGGGUGUCAGGGCCUGCCUGGAGCUGCCACCAGUACAGGGUGCAAAAGAAGAAGUGAGUCCAGAGAACAGCCCCGCCCACAGCCCCGCCCAGACAAAUGGCCUCGCACAGGAGCCUUCUCCAGAUGAGCCGAGACGAGUAAGUCCAGGGUCAGGAUCAGAGCGACCACUAGGGGGAACGGAGAGCAGACUGCGCACCAACAGCCGUCCAAACAGCCCGCGAGAUCCCAAGCUUGUGGAGUCAGGGAGCAGCAGCGUGCAGAGCUUGUCCCUAUCUGACUGUCACCUAGUGGAGCUGGAUGGAGACACCCUGCGUUUGUUUGGACUUGGAGCCCUGGAGGCCCUGGAGAGGGGAUGGGGAGUUCAGACCGCCGGUGCUGUCACCGUAAUAACCUUCCGCUUCAUCAGCCUUGACGCCAUCGUACCGACACUGCCACGAAUAAGGGUCAAGUUCCCCAAUCUAUCGCACCUGAUCUUCCUGGAAACCAACAUCAGCCGCCUGGCGCAGCUGGCAGCCCUGGCUCAGGUGAGGCGUCUGGAUCAGCUGACCAUUCACCCGGAGGGAAACCCCGUGGUCGGUCUGUCUCUGUGGCGCUCCUUCGUCAUCUACCGCCUCCACCACCUUAACCUGCUGAAGAUCAAUGGCCAGGAGGUGACCAUGAAUGAUGUGAUCGCUGCCGAGCGUGUGUUUGGAACAUUGGGUCACAUAGCAGCCACAGAAACUCCACGUUAUCGGCUCCUGCUGCUACUGGAGGAGUCCAGGAAGCGUCAGCUGCAGUUCCUGUUGGAGGGGCGAGGGCGGCGGCCGGGGCUCAGUCCGGAGGAUCUGCGAGACAGCGGGAAGCUCCUGGGAGAAGGCCUGAGCAGAGCGCUGUUCAACUACCCCAGCAGAGACUGCAGUGCAGAGAGCCCUGAGGAGAGCUCAGCGGAGUCGUCGGAGCGCUCCACCAUGAUAGAGCAGUACCUCCAGGAGCUGGUCCAAAGGGCAUCAGACACAAACCUGAAGGGUGAAGCUCUUCAUAAGCUCUGGCCCUCCAUGUUUGCAGAGAUGGUGAGAGACUCUGUGUUGGAGAUGAGGGACCAAGCGGCCUUCCGCCAAGCCAGCCUUGCAAAACUCUCUGACACCAAGUGA